CCAUGAUGGCAACCAUGGAAGGAGGUAGGCAGAGCCUACCCUCCUCCUUCCAUCUUAGAAGUUCAUAACUGCAAAAAGCAAGUCUUUCUGUGGUAAAAAAGGCACCUGGGCCUGAUUGAUAUAUUAGACACACAGGUCUGAACUCAGCUGUGCUAAUUGGUACAUGUUAAUAGCUGCACUGGGUUUCUUUACACUCAGAGGCAAUUUUUUUUCUUUUAGUCAAGUAUGAUGUGACUUUAGGGAAUAAAUGAGGGAACUUUGUGAGCACCUAGUGCUAGCUUAUUAAUAUUCUUCCAAGUAUCCUGACCUUGCUACAAUGAAAGGCUAACAUUCUUGACAAUAAUGAUUAGAUGAAAAAGAAUAAUCUGUUUUAAAUUAGCAGCUAAAAGGUAUUAUUACUUUCUCAGAGAAUUAUUUUUUCAUUCUCAGUGAAAAAUCAGGGAUUCAUAAUGAAGUGGACACCUGGCUCAUUUGCAGUUGCAAUGGCAGCAUUUGGCUGUAUUUAGCACUCUUGUUUUGUUUUUUGUUUUAGUUUUUUCCUCUGAACACUAAGAGGAAAGAGAAAUAUGUACUUUGGACUUGCAGUAAUGCGUGUAUGCCUAUUACAUCAGAACUAGUGCAACUCAGGUGCAUCGUCUUCAAAUACUAAAUACUGUUAGAAAUGCAAACCAUACAAUAAGUGUCAGCUUUGGGUAAAUUAUUUAGAAAAAAAUAGAAUAUAUCAGUCAUUUAGUUCUGUUUCAAGACAAUAUUGAGGUUUUGCCUUCACAUUCCUUUGUCAGAUGGUUUUGAAUAGCUGAUUUCUUCCUGUAGGAUUUCAAGAAUGCAUCUAAAAUUUUAAUUGCUUAGUUUCUUUUAAGUUGCAAGAAGUAUAAAGUAAUAAAUAAUAUGUAAGAAUGGGGCUAGUCUUCUGGGAGAUGGUUCAAAGUGGCAUGGAUUAUCAGGGGUGCAUGAUACAAAGGCAUGAUGAUAAAACGAGGACUGUGUCAUUGCACACUUGUUUUUCUCUAGAUUUAAACAUGUAACAUAUCAUUUACCUUAAAUUGUAAUCCUGAAUUUUUAUGGAUGUUGUUUGUGGACAGAAGGAAAAGAAAGAAAACUUAAAAGUCAACCUACCAAACAUCUCAGAGAAUCUUGCUAAUGUCUUGCCUACAAACUCUGAAUCUGUCUUUAUAAUUUUUUCAUUUUAUCAUUUUUUGUAUGAUUGUGUCUGGUGAAUUUACAUUUCCACUCUAUCACAGACAUCUCUUAAUUUUGGGCCUUAAAUUAAAUAAAGAGACAUGUAAUGUAGUUCUUGUUUGGCUUCCUGAUCCUGCAACCCUUUUUACCCAUAAUCCAGAAUCUGGCAUCUCCAUUAUCAUAGCCAGCUUCAGCUGCAACUUGGUGGUUCUUCUUUUGAAGGUGCAGUUUAUUGACUUGAAAUUGUUAAGAAUACUAAAGGCUAACAGCGUGCUGUAUUUCCAAAUUUAACAGCCAGUUUCACACAAGGCUUUUGGAUGUAAGGCAAAGUUAACCUUGAUCUAAUCAGUUUAAGUCCUGAUUCAAUCCUAAGUAUUUUGUCUUUAAAAAGUGGUGCUGUGAGCUGUGUCUGGUAGCAGAACCAAGAUUCCUGCAAAGAAUUUUAAUUAACUGGCUCGAAAUCUAGGCAUAACCAAUGCUCCUGACGGGGUUUGAGGCGAUGUGGCUGUCCAGCUGCAGAACACAGACCUCGCUCAACAACAGGGCCCUCGGGCUGGGACAAGGCUUGGCCGUGCUGGAGCGUGGAGAAACCCUUCUUUGCGCAAGAGUUCCUGGACAUGGAAUGCAGAUCCUGCCUGCUGAAAUCCCCAUGUAAAACACCCCAGGCACAGGAGAAAGCAAGCUGCGGAUAUGAGUUCAUAAACUCCUGGCAGAGAGGAAUUAGUGCUGAAUCUGCAGUAGGAGUUCAAGCAUUAUUUGUUCCCCAGAGCCAGUGCAUUUUGCCAGAGUAUCAGGGUUCUUGUCUGGGACAGUAAUGCCAUUCAUUUAAAAGACUGCUGGUGGAAAUCACAGUAGAUAUUCGGUUUUGUAGUAAAAUACUGCGGAGCCACAUCCACACCUUUGCAUUUUAGGGUAUAUUAAUAUUUGUGUAGGUGAAGGUGACUCUUGCUAAACUACAAUUUCCUGAUUGUUCCCAUUAUGGAUAGAGGGGUUUUCCACACAGAGCGGCAAAGGACAAAUGAAGCUGCACCAGCUCUUUAAAUGGUGUUUAACUGCAGAGGUUUACAGGCAGCCAGAGCAGCAGCAUGGGCAACAGACACACAUCAUUCACAUGCGGGAAUUGUGAAACCGUGGGGGUUCAAUUCAGCCUCACUGUGUGAUCUCAUGAAUUAUAUAUAUAUUAUAUAUAUGAUAUGCAUAUCUUAUGAAUAUAUGUGUGACCUUUUGUCAGAAUAUUCCAUUUGGGGGUUUAUUAUUUUCUUUCAAGGAUAAUUUUGGAAAUAAAAUAUUUUUUAUCUUUUCAAUGCAAUUUUGGGGAUUUCAAAAACACUCAGAGUAUUUUAGCAUCCUCAAUAUGAGAAAUGAGGUAUUAUGGUUUAAAACAACUAAGGAAUAUUAAUGACAUGAAACUGCAGACUCAUAAUUUAAGAAAUUAAAUAGGGUCUUUUUAUUUAGGUCCUGAGAGAAGUUCCUGCUUUUCAGACAUCUUCUGAAGAUAAUACAGACUUCAGAAGCUGAGGUCCAUGAAUGCAAAAUGAAGCUAUUCCUCCUAAUCUGCCUGCUGGUUUCUUGCUGUUGUCACGCUGGGGCAGUGAACCGGGAGUACUAUAUUGGCAUCACAGAGACUGCCUGGAACUAUGCACCUGGCAAUGUCAGUGCCAUCUCUGGACAGCUUUUUGCAGAAGAAGAGCAGGCUGAAGUCUUUCUCAAAAGAGGACCACACAGGAUAGGAAACACUUACAAGAAGGCUAUCUACAUUCAGUAUACCAAUCAUUUAUAUGACGUGAUAGUUGAGAAACCUUCCUGGCUGGGUUUUUUAGGUCCUAUAAUUAAGGGAGAAGUUGGAGAUUCCAUUACUAUUCACUUGAAAAACUUUGCUUCCAGAAACUACACACUGCAUCCACAUGGUGUAAGAUACACAAAAGAAAAUGAAGGAGCUUUUUAUCCUGACACUACCAAAGAUUUGCAAAAGCAAGAUGAUGCUGUGGAGCCUGGAGGCCAGUACACUUACACAUGGGAUGUGACAGAAGAUCAAGGUCCAGCUAAAGCAGAUGCAGACUGCAUAACCAGGGCUUACCACUCCCACAUAGAUGCUCCAAGAGAUGUUGCCUCAGGGCUUGUUGGGCCUUUAAUAAUUUGCAGGAAAGAUACAAUGAAUAGGGACACUGAUCAACACUUUGAUGCUGAAUUUAUCCUUAUGUUUUCUGUGGUGGAUGAAAAUCUCAGUUGGUAUCUCGAGGACAAUAUCAGAACAUAUUGUUUUGAGCCUUCCAAAGUGGACAAAGAUGAUGAGGACUUCCAGGAAAGCAAUAAAAUGCACUCAAUCAAUGGGUACAUGUAUGGAUACCUCCCAAACCUCACAAUGUGUGUGGAAGAUAAGAUAAAAUGGCAUCUUUUUGGCAUGGGUAAUGAAGCUGAUAUCCAUUCAGCCUACUUUCAUGGGCAGACUUUAAUAGAAAGACAUCAUCGAGUUGACACCAUCAGCCUCUUCCCAGCCACAUUCAUUGAUGCUGUCAUGGUACCAAGGAGCCCUGGGGAAUGGCUGCUCAGCUGCCAAGUGAAUGACCACAUUGAAGGUGGUAUGCAGGCCCUUUUUAAAGUAGAAGAUUGUAAGAAAUCCACACCAGGUCACAGUGAGAGUACAAAGAUAAGACAGUACUUCCUUGCUGCUGAAGAGAUCAUCUGGAAUUAUGGCCCAUCUGCAGUGAACCAUUUUACAGGACAAGAAUUAAUUGUUGACAGUGAAUCUCACAUCUUUUUUGAACAAAGUGAGACAAGGAUUGGUGGCUCCUACAAAAAAGCAAUUUACAAAGAAUACACAGAUGAGUCUUUCACUGAAUAUAAAAAAAGGCUUGCAGAGGAAGCACACCUUGGACUCCUAGGACCUGUGAUCAGGGCUGAAGUGGGUGAGCGCAUCAGGGUGACCUUCCGGAACAACGCCAGCCGCCCGUUCAGCAUCCAGCCGCACGGCGUGAGCUACCGCAGGAGCGGGGCCGGGGCGCGCUUCGGCACCGCGCCCGCGGGUGCCGAAUCUCCAGCCUCUCACGUGAAUCCCGGCACCACAUUUACAUAUGAAUGGGAUGUGCCAGAAGAUGUGGGUCCCACAGAGCAAGACCCAGACUGUUUAACCUGGCUUUAUUACUCAGCUGUGGAUGCAGUCAGAGACACCAGUUCUGGCCUUGUGGGUCCUCUCCUAGUGUGCAGGAAAGGAGCUCUGCUUUCUUCUGGGAAACAGAAAAAUGUGAACAUGGAGUUUUUUCUACUUGCCACAGUAUUUGAUGAGAAUCUGAGCUGGUAUUUGGAUGAUAAUAUUUUGAUGUUUACACUAAGUCCUGAUAAAAUUGACAAAGAUGAUGAAGACUUCCAAGAAUCUAACAAAAUGCACUCCAUUAAUGGUUAUAUGUAUGGAAACCAGCCUGGUCUUGAGAUGUGUAAAGGAAGCGUUGUUUCCUGGCAUUUGAUGGGCUUGGGUUCAGAAGUUGAUGUCCAUGGGAUAUACUUCUCAGAAAACACAUUUGUAACUAAAGGAACAAGAAGGGAUACAGCAAAUCUAUUUCCACAUACAGUUCUUACAGCUAUUAUGAAGCCUGAUUCUGAAGGAGUAUUUGAAGUGUCCUGCCUGACAGCAGACCACUACACUGGGGGCAUGAAACAGAACUACAAAGUGAAAAAAUGCCACUCGUGGAAUGUAGAUUUGUCUAUGUAUUUGCAUGAAAAGAUUUACUACAUUGCUGCAGUGGAAGUUGAAUGGGACUAUUCUCCUAACAGGACAUGGGAAUUCGAACGACAUCAAUACCAUAAGGAAAGCCCUGGCAAUCCAUUUUUAAAUAAAGAUGACAAAUUCAUUGGCUCAAAGUACAAAAAGGUAGUAUAUCGCGAGUACACCGAUCAGACAUUCAGUACUCCCAAAAACAGAGCAAAGGAGCAGCAGCACCUGGAAAUUCAAGGACCACUGCUUGUGUCAAAUAUUGGAGAUAAAAUUAUAAUAGUUUUUAAGAACUUAGCAUCAAGACCUUAUUCUAUCCAUGCCCAUGGAGUGAAAACAGACAGUUCUGUUGUUGCUGUAACUAACCCAGGUGAUACCAAAACAUAUGUCUGGAAAAUCCCAGAGAGAUCUAGUCCUGGGAGAGGAGAUUCACAUUGUAUUGCAUGGGCAUACCAUUCAACAGUGGACAUUGUUAAGGACACUUACAGCGGAUUAAUAGGCACACUUAUUGUGUGUCAUAGACAUUACCUGCCAUCAUUUCAUACUAAAAAGAAAGUUCAGUUUGCUCUUCUCUUUAUGGUUUUUGAUGAAAAUGAGUCAUGGUACUUGGAUGAAAACAUUAAAACGUAUUCUACCAACCCACACCUUGUUGACAAAGAGGACGAGGGAUUCCUUGAAAGUAAUAAAAUGCAUGCCAUUAAUGGAAAGGUGUUUGGAAAUUUGCAUGGCCUGACUAUGCACGUUGGAGAUAAUGUCAGCUGGUAUCUGAUGGGAAUGGGCAAUGAGAUAGACAUUCACACAGUACACUUCCAUGGCCACAGCUUUGACUACAAGCAAACAGGGAUUUACCGGGCAGAUGUCUUUGACCUGUUCCCUGGGACAUCCCAAACUGUGGAAAUGACCCCACAGAACCCUGGAACCUGGCUGUUACACUGUCACGUUACUGACCACAUCCACGCAGGCAUGGAAGCGACCUACACUGUGCUCCCAAAGGAAGGUAAGACACCUAGCUUAGUAAUGUCUGUUAUGUUUUAGGACGCAC